CUUUCUCUUCUCUCAUCAUCCUUUAUUCUCUCACACUUUCACUCACACCUCCAUCAAAUCAUCACCAUGUCUGACUCUGCUCCUUCCCCUAACCCCGCUGGCGCCUCUCCUCGCGCCGCCGCUUUGAGGAAACGUACUACAAGUUCUAAGGCUCAGACUUCUCGCGCACCAGGACCCAGCACCUCGGGAAUGAUGCGUAUCUACACUGAUGACUCGCCUGGUCUUCGUGUUGACCCCGUUGUGGUCUUGGUCUUGUCAUUGGCUUUUAUUGCCUCUGUCUUUGCUCUUCACAUCUAUGGAAAGUUGACUCGCGCCUAAGAAUGUUGAUGCCUUAACCUAGUUUGCCCUCUUCCCAUUCCUCUUUCCUCGUGUCUGAUCCUUUUCACUUUUUUUUCUUUAUUUUUUUAUUUUUUUAUUUUUUUUUUAUUGUAUCAUAUUACGCUCAUGAAUAAAGAUUUGCUAUCAAACACGA